AUGAAGGACUCAGAGCUUCUCCAUCUCUUUGAUAUUGAUGGCUCCGGAAUGCUUGUUGAGACGUCGGACAUGGAUAAGAGUGAACGUCAUGGAUGGUGUGCCCUGAGUUACGUCUGGGGCGGCGAUGUGCCUCUGAAGACCACGAAAGCAACGCAGCUGGCUCAUAAGAAACGCAUUCCCCUCGACACUCUUCCUCAGACCAUGAAAGAUGCAGUUUAUGUUUGCCGGGGUAUGGCCAUUAGGUACCUAUGGAUCGACGCUCUCUGCAUUAUACAAGACGAUCAGGAGGAUCUCCGCGAAGAAGUCAGCCAUAUGCCCAAGGUUUAUCAAUACGCGGCACUCACGAUAUCUGCGGCGUCAUCCAGAAGCAUCUACGAUGGGUUCCUUUACCGACGUGGAUAUUGGAGCCACACGUUCCCCGCAAUUGACAUUCGGGUUGCGCCCGACUCUGGUGAGAGUAUCAGAUUGUUUGUCUACGUUAUCAUGUAUUCACACGCGUUCUAUAAACGCAAAGAGCCCAUUCUUCAGAGAGCGUGGACCCAUGACACAUACAGGCUGUCGUCGUCAAGGUUAUGGAUUGACAUGGUUAUCGAAUAUUCCAAAAGAGAAGCAUCCUUUGCCUCAGACAAAUUGCGCGCGCUUUCUGCCGUUGCCCGGGUCUAUCACCUUGAGACAGGAAAGGAGUACCUAGCCGGCCUGUGGAAGGAGGAUAUCCCAGCUGCGCUCUGCUGGGCUAGUGGUCCACCACCAGGAGAGUCUGAAGCAGGCCAAUUCGUCACUUCCCAACGGCCAAGAGAGUAUCGCGCACCCUCUUGGUCAUGGGCAUCUGUCGACACACCAGUGCACUAUUGGGGGCAUAGAUGCAACUGCGCGCCAGUGAAGCCGCGCCCAAUACAAGUUUUGAGUGCUGGUAUUAUACCAACUUAUCCAAACGGAGAAUUUGACUCGAUUGCCUCAGGCUUUUUGGUUCUCCAUGGCCCCAUUCGGGCCUGGGCUUUACCAACACCUAUCAAGUUGCGUGAAUUCAAGACAAAGGAUCCCACGGAGUGGUGGUGGAGUAUCUGGGUCGAGGAAGUCAACGCUUAUGUUUACCCGGAUGCCAUUGAGGAUGGACAUGAAAUGCUGGACACCUUGUGGUUCUUGCUACUGGCCGAACGGGACAACAAUUAUCACCCCGACCCGGGGGCAAGGGAACCCUCUACAACCUAUUAUGGACUGGUUCUCAAAGAGGCUAUAGGACAUCCUAAUACUUUUAGCCGAAUUGGGUACUUUCGGACCGAAGCGAUGUUUGAUGCCGACUGUGACUGUUCGAAUCGCGAUGAGGUCUACACUUCCGCCAUGUUCUUUAACUAUUUCGAGGACCGAAACAUCACUCUCAUAUGA